AGAUCUCCUGUGGACUCUGGGAUGACAGCUGAUCUACUGAGCUUCCUACUGUUGCUGAUCUUCUCCCUGCUGAGGCUGAUGAGAGGUGACAAGGCUGUGUCCCACAUUCUCAUGGAUAUGGCACUAGAUUCCUUUGAUGACCAGUACCAGGGUUGCCAUGAGCAGGUAAUGGAAGAACUGGACCGAGGAGACUAUUUUCAAAAGGAAUUGGGUAAUAAUAAGAACUAUUCCAGCAUCUGGGAGAAAGCAAAGCUGGUCUGGUCAAAAAAGCCAAUAGCUCUGCUAAGGGAGAUGCAGGAGAAUCAUGCCGUAGCCCUCCUGGCUUACACCAUGAACACCUCGCUGCACUCUGAUUUGAACUGGGCUGUGUCCAGAGCUGGGACAUCCCCAGAGCACUACAGACAGAACUUCCCCUUCAAAUACCUCCACUUCUACCUGACUACAGCCAUUCAAAUGGUGAGGAGAUGGAAGAGUGGCACCACAAGAAAAAAGUGCUACCAGGUGCACCGGGGGGUAAAAGGCCUGUAUUUUGAGGCUGAGGUGGGCACCAAAGUGCGGUUUGGCCGCUUCACCUCCACUUCACUCCUCCGGAAUGAAGCCCGGAGAUUUGGGAAUGAAACAAUAUUCACUCUGAAGACUUGCUUAGGGGCAGUUGUGCAACGCUUCUCCCACUACUUCUCUGAGAGGGAGGUCCUCAUCCCACCCUAUGAGAUAUUCCAGGUCAGAAACUUCAGCCGAACACCAAGUGGUAACCGGCUAUAUCUGCUCUCUGUGGGAAAUUACAGUCAGUACAACUGCGAGCUCCUGAAAGCUUCAAGCAGCAAGAACUGUAUCCACAUUCCUCCAGUUGCUGCCUUUCUUUCUUGUGUGAUCAGUGCUUUCUUCUACUCCACCAGGCAAUGACUCUUUCCCUGGUCACAGAAGGAUCCAUGUGCUUCAUAGAAAGGAAUGAGUGACAGGUGCGAGGGAUUUACAGCUAACCAGCCACAGAGGUUACUGAUGCUACAAGCUGCUGAACACCUCCUGCGAUUUUACCUCUAACUCCCCUUGACUUCAAUGAGUUAAGGGUGCUCAGAAUUUCAAAGGAAGUGUUUAAUCCCUUGGGAUGUAAAUAGGGUUUAAAAAUAAUAACUGUUUAACCUAUUAAAAUUCUAUUGGUUAAA